CUCUCCUGCUUCACUUCAGACUUUUCAAAUCUCUUUGCUUCGGAUCCAAACAAGCGUUGAAACCUGUGGAAGCUCUCUCUCUCUCUCUCUCUGCGUUUAUUUAGGUUACACGCUUUUCUGAUUCUCUUCCUCCAGAAAUAUGUUCUCAUUCCUAAAUUUCUCUGCUGCAGCAUUUAUUAAUUCCUUCAUUUCUGUUCAGCAAUACGUUUGCUCGCUAGAGCUUGUAGACGUGUGAAUUCUGUCAAAUUGUCUGGAAUUCGCAUAGAAGCAUUUGCCUUUCAGUCGUCUAAGUUGUGCAUUACGGUGGUGAAUGCAAGGAAUUUCAAAGCGGAUUAAUGGGUACUUCUCAGAUAGCUUCUGCGGAUAGGAAAUUCCUUCUGGGUUAACUCGGAAGAAUUUGGGAUUCAUCGACAAAGUAAGAUGAUUGGAAGGAAGAGCAUGGGGCGGGCCUCUCUGUUUCUGGUUCUUUUGGCGUUGGGAUUUUUCUUCGCAACAUACAAUUUGAUAACAAUGAUAAUCCAAAACAGAGCCAUAAGUUUAGGUAAAUUAGAUGGUUCAUCUUUCUCAACGUCAUCUGAUCCUAUCACCCAGAUGCCUGAGAAUGUUAAGAGACCAGAGAAUGCUAGGAGGCCUUUCCAUGUUGCCCUUACGGCAACUGAUGCUCCUUACAGCAAAUGGCAAUGUCGCAUUAUGUACUAUUGGUAUAAGAAGGCAAAAGAAAUGCCUGGGUCAGAGCUGGGGGGAUUCACUAGAGUGCUGCAUUCAGGAAAUCCUGACAAUCUAAUGGAUGAGAUUCCAACUUUUGUGGUUAAUCCUCUCCCAGAGGGUCUCGAUCGGGGUUACAUUGUCUUAAAUAGACCAUGGGCCUUUGUGCAAUGGCUAGAAAAAGCAACGAUUGAUGAGGAGUAUGUUCUGAUGGCUGAACCUGAUCACAUCUUAGUAAAUCCUCUGCCAAACUUGGCACAUGGAGAAUAUCCAGCAGCAUUCCCAUUUUUCUACAUUAAACCUGACCAGAAUGAGAAAAUAAUAAGGAAGUUCUAUCCAGAAGAGAAGGGACCAGUGACAGAUAUUGACCCUAUUGGCAAUUCUCCUGUAAUUAUCAAGAAGACUUUGCUGGAAAAAAUUGCGCCAACAUGGAUGAAUGUUUCUUUGAAAAUGAAAGAUGACCCAGAAGCUGACAAAACUUUUGGAUGGGUUCUAGAAAUGUAUGCAUAUGCUGUUGCAUCUGCAAUGCAUGGUGUGAAGCACAUUCUUCGGAAAGAUUUUAUGAUACAGCCCCCUUGGGAUUUGGAGGUUGGGAAAACGUUCAUCAUCCAUUACACCUAUGGAUGUGACUAUUCUUUAAAGGGUGAGCUAACAUAUGGAAAAAUUGGGGAGUGGCGCUUCGACAAAAGAUCAUAUCUUCAUGGUCCUCCACCAAGAAAUCUUCCUUUGCCUCCUCCAGGAGUCCCAGAAAGUGUGGUUACUCUUGUAAAGAUGGUGAAUGAAGCUACUGCCAACAUUCCUGGGUGGGACACGGAAUAAUACUGAUUGAGGUGGAAGAAGAAAAGUCAUUUUUUGAGAAGUUCUGUUUACAUUAGAGAGAUCCCUGUAUACAAACCACAGAUUAGAUGUUCUUAAUGUGAGGAAAGAAUGAUACACCAUGGUAAAGAAAGCCCUUUACCAUCACCAGUAUGAAAUCAUACAUCUAUUUGAUCACCAAAUUCUUCUCCAUAUAAUUUGUUGUUUCUUUGAGUUCUGUAAGAAUACUCCCAAAAAGCCUUGUAUUUUGGUUGGUGGGUUUGAAUGUUUGAUAGUUGUUUUUUUUUUUUCUUUUUCAUUUUUGAUAUUUUAUGUGGUACCUUUCCAAAUUGAUCUUGAUUGUCUGGAUUUUUGGACCAUUGGAUGAC